ACUAGCUACGCUACUGGCCCAAGCUCAGGGUUCCCAACACAGCUCAGCUGAGUGGAGUCCCACUAACCCUGGGCUUACCCUGCAGUGUAGACGUACCCUUAGGUGCAGAGGAAAUUUGGCAGCACAAUCACUGGGAUUGCCAAGCAUUCAAAGUGCUCUAAACCCCACCUACCUGGGCAGAGCGCCUGGACGUUUGGCAUGGCACAUCAGUGUCUGGGGCAUUGCCAGGGUCACUCGGGCAAGGGGAUCCCCUCCAAAACACUGUGCUUUACAUGAAUGACUAGCAGACGGGCUCAAAAAUGGCUGGGCCACGGCUGGGGCGAAGAGAAACUCGGGGGAGGGUGAUUUAAAUGCUGUAUGCUACGUGACAGAGCGACACUGGCACCCUCGAGUGGCCGCAGCCUUCAGCGAGGAUGAGCCCUGAAAUCGCUGCAGCAGGGCCAGCAAUGAAGACAAGACUGAGUCCAGGCCUCCUGCUGCUGAUUUUCCUCUUGCCGGCCUGCCUGGCCGCGGCCGGGAGAGAGACGCCGUACGAGAAGUUCCAAAGGCAGCAUGUGGACACCUCCGGGAGCUGGGAGCCCGACCCCAACCGCUACUGCAAUCUCAUGAUGCCGCGGAGGAACAUGACGGUGUCCGCCUGCAAAGAUCUCAACAGCUUCGUCCACGGGGCGCUGGCAGUGAUAACCGCUGUCUGCGGCUCAGGGGGGACACAGCAUCACGGGGACUUUUACUACAGCAACUCUCCCUUCGAGGUCACGGACUGCCAGACAACGGGAGCGUCCCUCUGGCCCCGCUGCGAUUACAGGGGAGACGGCCGCAGUAGGAGAAUUUGUGUCGCCUGCACAAAUGGGCAGCCUGUGCACUAUGCCCAGCCGUCGGUGUGCGGUGGCCUGUGAGCCGUGGGGCAGACAUGCAGCCCUGCAGCUCCCCUGGGCUUUGGCAAUGCUGGCAGCCCUGGGCGCCCAUAGCUGCCGGACGCCAUCCCCAUCCUCCUCCCCAACAGAGUAUUUGGGCACCUCAUUGGGGACAGCAACAAAGGCUGUUGUUCCUUUUUCUAUGGCAAUUUAUAACUGCCCCCUCCCCAGCCUGAACUGGCUGCUGCCCCCUAGUGACCAUUAUACAGUAUAGCCGCCCCUUCCCCACCCCCACCCUCUGCUGCCCCCUAGUGCCCAUUAUACAGUAUAGCCGCCCUUU